CACCCUCGUCGGUGCAAUAUGUUUUUAACAGUAGAAUCUCCUAUUUAUACCCAACUUCUUCUCUCUCUGCGUAUCAACACCUUAAGUAAUCGGUCAUGGCGAAGGUGAAGGUGAAGAUGAAGAUGAAGAUGAAGAUGCCUGUGCUUGGGCUGGGCGUGAGGAUUUUGCUGCUGCUAGUGUUGGCGUCAGCUGGAGUUGGAAGGUAUGGGGUUUGCGGUGAUGAAGGUGGAGAGGAAGGGAGAAUGGUGGAUGAGUUUUAUCCGACAUUGAAGGCUAAUCAUUAUAGGGAUCCACCUUCCGUAUAUCCGUCACCACCGACUCAUGGCCGUCCACCUCCCACUCAUGGCCGUCCUCCGCCAACUCACGGUCAUCCACCACCGACUCACGGUCAUCCACCACCAACUCUGUAUCCGCCGCCAACUCAGCAAGCACCACCAACUCUGCAUCCGCCGCCAAUUCAGUAUCCGCCGCCAACUCGGCAUCCUCCGCCAACUCAGUACCCACCACCUACGCAGCACCCACCACCAACGCAACAUCCACCACCUACGCAGCAUCCACCACCAACUCAGUAUCCACCACCUACGCAGCAUCCACCACCAACACAGUAUCCACCACCUAUUCACGGACGUCCGCCACCUACUCAGCGUCCACCACCAAUUCAGUAUCCACCACCUACCCACGGACGUCCGCCACCUACCCACCGUCCACCACCUACUCACGGACGUCCGCCACCUACCCACCGUCCACCACCUACUCACGGACGUCCGCCACCUACUCACCGUCCGCCACCUAUUCAGUAUCCACCACCUACUCACCGUCCACCACCCACUCAGUAUCCACCACCCACCCACGGCCGUCCACCACCGACCCAUGGGCACCCUCCACCUACUCACGGCCGACCACCUCCAACCCACGGGCGCCCUCCACCAACCCAUGGCCGUCCACCACCAACUUACGGACGUCCUCCACCAACUCAGUAUCCACCACCCACCCACGGUCGUCCUCCACCAACCCACGGGCGUCCACCACCGACUCACGGUCGUCCUCCACCGAUCCAAUGUCCACCUCCUUAUGGUCGUACACCACCAACUCACGGAUAUCCACCGCCAACUCGGUAUCCAUCGCCACCACCAUAUGGAAGGACACGUCCAAUUGAGACUUCUGCAUAAUCUUUAGGAUAAUCACCACAAGCCAACCACACCACUUAGACUAGAGUGCUCGUAUGUAUGUAUAUGCACGUAGCACAUGUAUCUAGAAGUUCCGCCGACGUCGUUUCGUGAAGUGUAAUGAACUCUCCACGGAGAUGUGUGGUAGUUCUGUGACUACUCUUGCAAAUAUAUUAUGGC